GAAUGAGUUUGGUGCACACAAAUGCAGCAGUGAGGGAGCUCUACCUCCCAACGAGGAAGCACACACCCGGGCUCGCUCUGCAUCCUCGCCGGCACAGGGCGAGUUGGCCACAGCUCUGCAGUGCAGCCGGAAAAAGGAAGCUUUCGGCAGGGUGUUUGUCCCUCGCCUCCCCUUCCGCAGCUCGCUCCGCCCCGGUCGCUGUGGAGCGGAGCUGCAGGGCAGGGUUCAGCAUGGCAGUGGACUGGCUCGGCUUUGGCUACGCUGCCUUGGUGGCAUCAGGAGGGAUUAUUGGCUACGCAAAAGCAGGUAGUGUCCCGUCACUAGCUGCUGGCCUUCUCUUUGGGAGUUUGGCUGGACUGGGUGCCUAUCAGCUCUCACAGAAUCCAAACAAUGUGUGGAUUUCUCUGAUUACAUCUGGAACACUGACUGCCAUCAUGGGAACCAGAUUUUACAACUCUGGAAAAUUCAUGCCUGCAGGGCUAAUUGCUGGUGUCAGUUUGCUAAUGGUCGGGAGAUUAGCACUGAAGAUGGUGGAAAAGCCUCACGAUAAGUAACUUUGCAGCUUAAUAUCUGGAUGAGAAAACCUGGUAGCAAAGUUGCAAGAAUGCAGAAGCAAGAUGAUGGAAUAAUUUUCUUUAUCAAGACUUUUUUUUUUCUUUAUAUAAGGGAGAGUAAAAUAAUGGUAUAGUUGACACACAAGGUGCCAUUUGUUUCAGUGAUCUGGUAGAGGUUUUAUCAUGGAGUGGAGAAAUUGGUCCUGGGAUUGAAUUUUUUUUUUAAAUCCAGCUAUACUUCAGCAUAUGAAAAUAAACCCAAGUAAUGUGCAGUGCAGUUGCUCCUCUGCUACUGACCAAGGCCCAGCCUGUUCCCAGAUACUAAUUCCAGAAGAGAAACCCUCAAAAUCACAUUCUUGGAAGAAAGUGAGCUCCAUCUUUCUGGUGUUGUGGAAAGUAAGUUUCCUGUACAAAGACCCUUCCAAAAACCACGAUUGUGAUCCCGGGGUAAAAUACAAAAUAUUGCAGGCAGAGGGAAGAAGAGAAGACUGGGUUAGGGCUAAGCUGCUGGUGCAAGCAGCAAACACAUGGCUGACACAUGGUGAUCCCCAAUCUAAAUGAGCUGCGAAUGGGGUGCUCCUCCAGUGGAGAGUCAGCAUGGAAAGGUGUGGCUUCUAAAUCAUCCCCCCCUUAAAUACAUUCUUUUGAAAAUUAAACUGGACAAUAGGCACUAGCAUCAUUGUUUUGGCCAAUGAAUUCAAAGCUUUGUGCCUCGUGUGGCACAGGCACCUUGAGGGGCAACACAAGACACCUGGCUUGGUGUUGCUAAGAUCCUAGCCCUCAGGGCACAGCUGUGCUGGGGCCAAACCCUCCAUUGUUUGACUGCUCACCCACUCCUGGACGCUGAAAGACAGGAGGAGGAGAGCACUAGCCAAAACCAGUCUGGCAGUAUUUCUGCCCUGCCAGGACACCUGCCUAACCCUCACAUGCUGAACCUAACAUUGUAAAAUACAGAAUAUUCCAUUGGCCAGUUUGGAUCCUUUGUCUCCUUGUCUACCUGCACACAUGGGAAAUUGGGAUGGCCUUGGUAUGCUAUCAACAACUAAGACUAUCAGUUUAUUACCAGCAUUCUUCUCAUACCAAAUCCCAUACUGAAUUCAAACCACAGCAUUAUUCUGGCAACUAAGAAGGAAACAGUUCUACCCCAGCAGAACCAGGAAAACCUCUUAUUAAGAAAGUAUCCACAAAGAGGUACCAGCAGCUCAAUAUCAUAUAUAUAUAUAUAUAUGAUAUAUAUAUCAUAUAUAAAAUCAGUGUAUACUAUACAAUUCAUACUGAGUGUUACACCUCUUGCACUCCAAGUUCAUAUACUGUGUCUGUAUAACACCACACAUCUUUUUAUUGUGAAAUUAUGCUAAAAUGUUGUUUUUCUUCAAGUAAAAUCUGUCACCUUAA